AUGAACAAGCCCAAAAUUGUCAGACCAGAACAGAGCCAGCCAGCACAUGCGCUGUGGUUUGACAGAAAGAAAUAUGUCACCGUCAACUUCAUGGUUCAUAAACCUAAAGAUGUCCAGGUUGAUAUCCAGCCAGACAAAAUGAUUUUAUGCUGCAAAAACAACACAGAUGAUGUGUUCUACAAUGUGCUGCACUUCUACGACAAAGUUCACAUCAAUGACUCCAGGGAAAGAGUCUACGACCGCACCAUCAAUGUCUUGCUAAGGAAGAUGAAGCCUGAUUAUGCAUGGCCUCGUCUUCAGAAGGAUGAAGCCAAGCCCAGCUGGAUAGCUGUAGACUUUGAUAACUGGAGGGACUGGGAGCAUGAAGAGGACGAGGGAAAGGAAGAAUACGAUAGAUACAUGGACAUGAUCCAAGAAAUGUCUAACAAUAAUAAAGGGGAAGCACCAGAUAUGGGUGAUCUUAGUGAUUCUGACUGAGACUCACAGUACCAUCUCUCCUGUGUUGGAGGCUAUAUAACUUUAUUGCUCAGGAUAGCGA